CGACCCUACUUUACAGGCCUUGGGUGACAAAUACUGAUGGGUUGUACAAAGACAACAGUUUGGCUAAAAUUGUCACACCACAGGAAGAAGGAAUAGAGAAGAACAGCAAAAUAGUUUCUGAUACUUGUUAAUUUUUGUAAUAAUCAAAUCCUCGGUUUCUGACCCAAAGCUCUCAAACUUGAAAAGUAUGGUGGAGGAAGCUGCCCAACUACAAUUCUCCCAAGAGAAUGAUCUCUUAAACCUUUUACAAGCAACAGCCCAGGAACUCAGAGAAAUUUUACAACAACAUGAAGCUGAAGAAGAAACAGGACCUGACCGAAUCUUUAAUGAGAAUAGAGAUUCAGCUGGGAUUUAUGCCAAGCUUUUUCUUUCUCUUAGGAAGUUUUGUGUGCUUCACACCCAGAGAGUGUGCGUGCUGAGAGAGGUACUUUGCGGCACAGCAAAUACUCUCACAGAACAUAGGAUGUGCUCGGAUUUGGCAUGCGCUCUCCCGAACGGAGAAUCUCAGGUGGCAGUAGCAAAUGUGGAUGCUGCCGGUGCCCAUUUUUUCCAAGACAAGGUGACUGAUGUCAUUCUUAAUGUAGUGGAAGAUGUCCACAUUAUUAUGAGGCAGCUCCAUGUAAUGUGCAGGAGGCUUGACACUGGUAUUGCAUUUCUUCCUAAAGUAAAUGAUGGGAGCUUAAAUACCCAAAACAAAUGGGAAGAGAAUGAACCUCUGGAUACAACAGAGCAGACCAAAACUGGAUUAUGUGAUAUCAGUGUUCAGCUGGAGCAAAGCACGCAUCAGAAUCUGCAACUUACAAAUGUGCAGCUUUUAAAUGGUCCUGCAUUGGAUCAAAUGACUAACAGUGCUGUGUGCAUGGAAAAAACGAGGGAUGAGAUGUCACCUUUUCUACAUACUGGGGAUGAGCAAACUGGAGAUGACUUACCGUGUGAAACUAUGGCAUCUGAUUACGAGAAGAAAAUAAAUGAUGAAAGUAGAGGAGAGGAGAGUGAAAGGAAGCAAGAAUUAGUCACUGUUGGACUUGAAGACCAAUCAGAUGACAGAUCCUCAGACUCUCCUCACGUCUGUUAUAUAACUACUCCACCGGAGGUUGCAGACGUCAUGACUUGCAAGGUGGUUGAUGGUUUGAGUUCUCUCAUGGUGUCAGGAUCCGAGGAGCUGGUCAGCAGUGUUAUCCGCAUAGAAAACACCAGCAACAUCAAAUGUCCCUUCCCACUCACUGUAGCUGUGCCGUUCCAAGCAAGUUACCGUGGCAACUACAGAGAGAUCACAGUAAAAGUAGUAGACCUGGAGCGAAGAGUUAGCUAUGUCACCCCUACAUCUACUGAGGGUUUCUAUGGAGGACAAAGGGGUUCAUAUGCAGUAAUACGCGUGUACUCUCUGGGUGUGUUUGCGGUUCUUUCCCGUCUGAGAACGGAGACUUUUACGAUCCCCAAGUCAGGACUAUCUCUUAAACUCAGUGUGGACUCUAGGAUAUGCCUCGACUACUUACCUGGGUCUUUUACCACGCCUGUUUUUGCUCAAGUCAUGGUUCAACCAGUGGACACUGCUGUUUUAUCAUCUCUAAAAUCCAAAGAUGAUUCCUACCAUGCUGUGCUCGCCUCAACCCCUUUACUUUACUUAAACCAGCCAUCAACCCUUAAACUUAGACGACCUUUGACAUUUAUUUUGCCCUGUCCCCCAAAUUCUGACAAGAGGAGAUCUGGAGAAGAUUUUGAGCGACCUGUUCUUGUAUCAGGCACUCUUUCCCAUCAGCGGAUUAGGGUUGAUAGUGCUUCAGUUAAGUCUCCUAAAGACUGUAGGGAGCAGCUGACUGUGCUGGGUUGGAUGGAGAACCAUUGGAAGGUUCUGGAUAAAGUCAAUGUGAGGAACUUGCAGAACGGCCUGGUCUCUUUUGAACUAACAGAGAACUAUGACAGGUUAAUAGUCCUUCGCGUUCAAUCCUCUAUGAAAUUGUCCGUCGCGGCCUCCUUAGUCGAAGAAUUGGAAGAAGCUGUAAAGAUCUUCUCGGUCACCAUAUUACUCCAUCAAGAUCCUCUGGACCCAAGCAGCGUGGUCGUGGCCACCCUGCCAAGCAGAGACCUCAGCUGGGAGCUUUCUGAACUUCAGGGCCUGGCUUACUGUGGGCUAUCAGAGCCCUCAUCUGAAAUCCACAUGAGGGAAGGAGAACAGUUGCUUCUUAAGUUCAGUGGGAACAUAACCUGCAAUGAUAACCAGGGAACAGAUUCUCACGUAAUCACAUUCCACAACCAAAGAAAAAAACAACUUUAUUUGAGAUUAAAAGAAGUUGAUCCAUUUGGCAACUACAGCUCUCCUCACUACAAAGGUGUAGCCAGUUUGUUCAGGGUCACCAGAGGUCAUCUGGUCUGGAAUGGUGAUGCAGCAGCUUUAUCUAAAGACUGCCCUUUAGAAGAUCCAGUCUGUCGAUUGCCACUUACUCUGCCCAAGGGUGCAAGAACAGUUUUUCGACCUGUGAGUGCAAAAGUAAUGCAGCACAGACAUUCAGACUCUCUCUCAGAUGAGCUCUUAUCAUGGCUCUGUGAUGAGUUAACUGAGAAUGAUGCAGCGCUUCUUGUCGUGUCUCUCCGUCUCCGACGCUCGGCUGUACAGAUUGCUCGCCUCCGUGCACCCCAUAACCUCUCACAACAAGCUUUUCAUAUUCUGACAGCAUGGAGGCGGGGCCUUCCCUCCUCCUUUCCAAAAUGCUCCAUGCUGGCGCAGUGUCUGACGCAUGCAGGGAGGCCAGAUCUCGCCAAAGAGCUACUGCUCAGAGAAUCAACAGAUUCAGAACAGAGAAAACCAGAGUAACAUGACUACCAGGCAACAUUGUGAGAUCAGUGACAGUCAAUGUAUAUUCAACAUUUGUUUUUUACAUGUUUAUCUCUCCGUUCUUGUCACAUACUGUACAGAAUUGUUUGUAUUUUUUCUGGUGUUUUUCUCACUACAGUGGCCUUUAUUUCGCUCACUGGGGUUUGUAAGGCAGUGCUCUUUCUAUUCAUCUGCUAUGAAAACAUGAAACAAUCUAUGAAACAAGACGUAUUGUUAAAGUUGUUAAAGUGCAAUUAAAUUUGAAUUGAAAAUGUUUCUCUUCAGGUCUAAACAUCCAACAUUACUGUAUUGUUGGAUUGAGUUUAGCAAAUUAUUUAACUAUGGAUGCUGUCUUUAUAAUAUCACACGUACUAUAUUUAAAACACAUUUUAUUAUUUUUAUAUAAUGGAUGGAUAUGUUUUAUGAAAGGGUUCCUUUUAGGGCUGGGCAUAGAUUAAUCUAGAUUAAUCUCAUACAAAA